AAAUUCCGUGAAAAUCUGUGCCAUCCGGUGUGUACGUGAGUACGUGCCUGCUGCCUGCUUGUGUUUGAUUGGUUGGAACACCCCAACACCCCCCUACACACACCUUUACGACGAAUUGUGUAAUGCUUCGCCGUCAACCCUACUCCUUCCCGUGAUUUUUCUUGCCGUAAGAUCUUUUUUAUGUUACUUUAUUACCGUCGUUCGGCAGAAAAAAACGUUUGAACGAAAUUCUAGUAAGGUUCUCAUCCCGGAAACGAACCAACUCAUUUUUGGAGUAUUUUCCGGGUAAUAUCAUAAUUUGACAGAGAGAAGACGAAAAAGAAAGUGUGACGAGCGACAAGUGUCUGAUGAGAACCGCGGGCGACGAGCCAUCGUCGCCAUCUUCCGAGGCAGACGGACGUUAAAUCGCCCUUGUAGUUUAUUACAAUCAUCACAAUUAUCCUAUUUCUUUCCCGUGCGAGAAGUGAUUUGUGAAAAAAAAAUUAUUAACUCGGGGCUCGAAGUAUACGAAGUGUCGAUUCCGAGGAUCACUGGACGAGUGAAAUUUUUUCAUCAAACGCGUCUCUGUGGUGUCGAAAAUAGUGACCGCGGCGACGACCGACAUAAAGACGAACAUAAAGAGGAGAAAAAAAAAUAUCGAGUUUUUCGCGGGUUAUUGUAAAAUGUUGAGGCACUCGUGAAUGGAAAAAAAGUCACUACUGUCGAAGCACGUCAUCCACUGUGACAGACAGAACAUUGAGACUAAUAGCAAGGGUUAAAAUGAGUUGUCAAAGAAACCCGGGCAAGAUAGUUGUCCCUGACGAUCUCCGGGAUAUUUUGCUUGAAUUCACCAUAAGCUAUCUCCUAGAACAACCUGGUGACAUAGUUGAUUAUGCAGUUGAAUUUUUCACUCGUCUUCGUGAGAACCGUCAGACUAUGCUUAUACAGUCUAAUACCCAGACCUGCUCAUCUACUCCUGACGAAUCCAUCGAAGAAGAGCCGCCGGUAGGAAGAUUCGCCUCAAGGAGGAAGAGCGUAUUCACGGAGACGUACAAUCCGGAGGACGACGAAGAGGAUGAAGGGGUCAAGAUGGUGCAUCCGAAGAGCGAUGAGCAACGUCAGAGGCUUAGCGAGAGUGUCAAGACUAUAUUGCUUUUCCGUGCCCUCGAUAAGGAACAAAUGGCCGAUGUUCUUGACGCCAUGUUCGAAAAGACAGUUGAGCCCGGGGACUUCAUCAUACGGCAGGGCGACGACGGUGACAACUUUUACGUAAUUGAGAGGGGAAAAUUCGAGGUUUACGUCAGAGAUCAAAUGGGCGUCGAAGUUAUGAUACACACGUACGAUAACAACGGUGCUUUCGGGGAGUUGGCUCUUUUGUACAAUAUGCCACGAGCAGCGAGCAUUAAAGCAAUCACGAGGGGAACGUUGUGGGCAAUGGACAGGCAAACCUUCCGUCGUAUAUUACUCAAGUCGGCAUACAAGAAGCGCAAAAUGUACGAGGAUCUUAUAAAUAAAGUACCGAUGCUUAAGUCCCUGGAGGCGUACGAGCGUAUGAAUCUCGCGGAUGCUCUCGCACCCAAGCAUUUCGUUGAUAACGAAAGAAUCAUCAGGCAAGGGGACACCGCCGAUGGCAUGUACUUCGUGGAGGAUGGACUCGUAAGGAUUACGAUUCUCGGUGAAAAUGGACGCGAGGUCGAGAUAAACCGUGUGCCCGCUGGUGGAUAUCUGGGAGAGCUGGCUCUAGUCACGCACAAGCCACGCGCCGCUUCGGCGUACGCUGUCGGCAACGUUAAACUCGCAUUCCUGGACGUUGAGGCUUUUGAGCGUCUGCUCGGACCUUGCAUGGAGCUGAUGAAACGCAAUAUCGACGAUUACGAAGAUCAGUUGAUCAAAAUAUUUGGCAGCAAAACCGACAUCUCCGACAUUCGAUGAAUUUUCGAUGCGAAUCAAAUUUUCCCCGCUGUGCUGCAAAGUCAUUUAAACACACACAGAAAAUAAUAUAAAAAAUGAAAAUGAAAAUGAAAAAAAAAAAACAAAACAACAACAACAAAAAACAACAAAAGAAUAUAAUAAUAACAAUAAUAAUGAUAAUGAUAACAAUGAGAGACAGUAUAGUGACGUUUAAUGAGCACAAACUCUUUGACACCCGCUUGCGAAAUAUCAUCUAUGCAUUUUAUUUAAGGAUCUUUCUCGAGAUGUCAUUCGCAUCAACUAUCCAAUAGAUGUUAUUAUAAUAUAAUAGUCACUAUUUGCCAAGAGAUAAAAAAGAAUGCACAACAACACUCAGCAUGUGUGAGUUUGUGUGUGCGCGUGUGUCUGUGGGUAUGUGUAUAAAUGUUCAUCUGUAAGACUAUCAUCAAUUGGAAAGUAUAAACGAGUAUGCGUUUGCGCUGAAAAAUUAACAGAAAACCUCAAUGUAUCUCAAUGAGAGGAACGUAGCAGCAAUAUAAUCGAGUCGUACGCAUGAAAAUUUACAUCCGAUCACCCCGCGCUCUCGUACUCAUCUGUUCGCUCUAUAUUCAUUAAUAGUUACAACGUUAGACAAUCUCCAGCGAAUUAGAGUCGACCAUUUCUAAUGAACAAAUGAAAUAUGUAAGAGAAAAAAAGGAGAAGUCGUUUCGGACUCGAAAAGUUGUCGCGGACAAUACCAUCGUGUAUAGAACGACAAAACGACGAAGAGGCUCUGGUCGAUCCUUACGUUGAAUUUUGUAAUAUGUUUUCACCGGUGUUCCGAUCAUUUCAUUAACGCAAUCAAAGAAAACAACAAAUCAAUGGAAAUAGCACGAUUACAUUCUUUCGUGUAUCUACAUAAUUAACCAAGUUUCUAUGUCACGUUGUAAACAAAAGUAUUAGAAAAAGUUAAAAAUACAAUUAUCAUGAUAAUACCGGAUAAAUGAAAGUCAAUCUCAAUUUGUGUUCACUGUAACUUGCAUAACUGAUCAAAAUUUGAAUAUUUUUUAAGCCGCGAUCAUUAGAAAAUCGCGCGUUUAUCUCUGAAUAUCAGUAUGCAUGGUACAUAUUCCUCCUUUAUGGCGUGAUAAUUCCCAUUAAAAAAUCAACGUUUUAUCCACGUGCAUAUGCGUGACAUGAAGAAAAACAUUCGCUCGUCGCAUCGUGGACAACAGAAAAAAGCUAUUAUUAUAAAUUUCGAUCGAUUCCAAUCUGAGCUUGAAUACUGUCGCGAUAGUGUUAACCGGUGUUAAAAAAGGACGUAUUAUUUUUAUACCGAUAUAAGUGACCGAAAAAAAAUUCAAAAAGAGAUAAAAAAUUACGUUCAAACGAAUCGUUCAUUCAAAUCGUAUUACCCCAUGGACGCAAUAUAACGAGCGGUCAUUUAGUUCAUUCUCAUUUUUAUGAAAAUGGAAGAUGGGGCUGAAACGAGAAAAAAGAAAAAAAACGAAGGUCUCAUUGUCUUUGAAAUUAUCGUCGCCCUCAGAUAGACGUAAGAAUCUCUUAGUGAAGCAUUAACAAUAAUAAGAUUAAUACGUCUCGAAAAGUUUUUGAGGCGACAUUAACGCUGGAGAAGAGUCUACGUUACAGAUCACUCAGUUUUCACGUGUAAUGAUAUCGAACAGACACGACUGGAAAUUACAACUGUCUAUGAAUUAUCAAAUAACAUUGUAUGAAAAAAAAAAAAAAAAAUAUUGUACCGUUAUUCGUGCAUUACAAUGGAAGCAACUAGUGUGAGUGGAAAAAAGUAUGCUCCAGUAUCGAGGUGAAUAUAGGGAAGAAGAAAAGAUGACAGAAAAACCAAUAAUUCGUAACUUCCGAAUUUAAAUUUAAAUUAAAUAAUUAUUUAUUUCUGAUUGGAUGCGGGGAUACGUUGCGAAAAAUGCCAAGUAUCGUAAAUACUGCGAAUAAUAUAUGCGCAGAAGCGAUUAGUGUCUAAGUCAGUGCGCAAAAGAUUCGACGAAAAUAUUGAAAAGAGCCACAUCGUUUCAUUCGUCAAACAUGCAUCAAACACGAACGGGCUGCUUGUCACAAUUCUCGAAUUAUUUUUCAAAUUAUUCGCGUCGAGGCUGUGCGGGGUGAUUUUUUUUCUUAUUCGAUAUUACAUAGGUGUGUUUUUCAACGAUUUUAUCCCUUUUAUUUAACUCCACUGUGUUUUCAGUACGAGAAGAAUAAAAAUACAGCAGCUUUCGCGUCCUCUUAGCGCGAUUAUAUCUUGCCAAGCCAAGAUAGCAAAAAAGCUACCCAAUAAUACCACAAGAUCUGCUGAACUGUACACAAAUAGAAAUUCGUAAUCUCUAAUUUGCUAAAACGAAAAAACUGACGUCAAUAGAGUUUCCCACAUCGUUGUCGAUAUCUCAUUGAUUGGCAUUUAAUGUUUUAGGAGAAAGAGCUGAUUUAAUUUUCUUCCUCUUGCUUAAUUAGCUACGCUCUAUUAUACCUCGUCAGGCAACGUGGCGAUUGACAGACACGGUAUCGAAAAAACUGCAGCGUUCUACAUUUUUAUUAUUAUUCUGUAGUCCAUCUCUCGUUCCAUUAGUGUCUACCAAUCCUCGGUAUUUGUAUUGUUGAAUGGGGGGAGGGAGAGAGAAAAAAAAACAUACGUGAAACCAUUGAAUAGUCUGAACAAAAAAAAUCGAAGAAAAUCCAAUGCUGAGAAACAUCAUUGGAGAGGAGGCAAUAUUUGUUAUUGUUUUAGUCGAUGUAUAUCAGAGAAUAGCAUAUUUGCGUUAGCCAUGCUUUAAAGUAUGUUGAGCUAGUUAGUUUUGUUUUGUAAUAUUCUAAAUUAUUUCGACACUCGAAAAAUAAGUAAAUCAGAACAAAAGAAUUAUUCCGACGGAAUGCAAAAGCGUCUUUAGAGGCAGUACAUUGGAAAAAGAACAGAAAAAUGAACUUUGGUGGAAAAAGAAUUGAGAAAGCGCGUUCAACAUUUGCUACUAACUCGUGUGAGUUACGAUAGAAAGAGCGUGUGUUUUGUCCAAAGAAUAGCGAAUAACGGAGAGCUUCCCUCAGCGAUAAAAAAGCUAGAAAAAAAAAAUAUUAUGGAUAAAAAUGACCAUCUCGUUGUUGUCUCAGCCGUAUGAUCGAAGUAUGUAUACCGGGUAAUCCUCGAGUACGAUGUACGAGUGAAUGUAUAAAAUUAAAGAAAAGUGACUAAACUUUGCGUGAAUCACGAUAAUAUUAAGUGUUGGAAAUACAAAUUACUCGCGUCGCUACAAAAAUUAGGUAUUAUUAUGAUUAUCGUUGUCAUCAUCAUCAUUACUAUUACUAUUAUGUGAAUCUCGUCCCGAAUACGCAUUACAACUUGUAGUACUUAACCCUUUGACUGUGUCGUUAGGGAUUUAAUCGUGCAUAUUAAUGUAUACUACGUCCAAAAAUAUGUCGAGUGCACACAUUCGACGUGUACGUAUAUAUGUAUAUACAUAUAUUUAUUCGUAUAUACUACGCCAAAGGUGAAUUGUUAGUCUCAGGUUUACCUAUAUUUAUAAUUAUAAAAUCACAGUUCUUAGAAUGAUUUACUUCAACUUCAUGAGCAUCGUUGAUUUAAAUUGCCAUCCCAAUAGAUGGAUCUUUUGUUGAAAAUGCAAAAAAUAAAAAAAUGUUUACAUCAUGAAAAGAACGAUGAUUGGUGAAUAAAGUGGUCUAGGUUCGCGAAAAUCAAACUGCACUGAGAGAAUAACGAAGAGAAGCGCAUCAGUGUUACGGUCAAAGGCUUCAAUUGCGUUAGUUCUUCUCAACAAUUAUAGCGAGUUGUAAAACGAACAAAUAAAAGGUGUGCAUGCGAAAAAAUAAUUAAAACACAAAGAGGGAAAAUACGCUGGGAUAUAGAGAACUCGGAAGCUCGGCUGGUCCGACCGAGUUUAACCAUAUCAUCCACACUGAAGUAACACGCAGUCAUAUUUAUAAAAAAAAAAAAAAAAACAAAAGAAAAAUAACCUUUCCAAUUUUCGUAUUUCAUAUUAUGUAUGUAUACGUAUAUUGCAUAUAUAAAUUGAAGAAAAAGAAUCUACGAGAGAAAAUAGCUACUGAGAGAAAAAAUCGCGAGGUCGUAACGUUAUUUUUCGAUUUUAUUCUAGUCUUCGAUAAGUUGGCCAUCAAGUUAUUUAAGUAUUUACGACACACCGAUAUUAUUGCCAAUUAUUGAUGCUAAUGUAAGAAUGUAGGAAAGAAAUUGGAAAGACACGAAGAAAACUGUAUUGCUCCUCGAAUAUGCCUCCUGCUCAAAAUGUUUUAUCACGUAUGCACAAAUUUUAGGGGGUGGGUUGCGCGCGGUUAGCACCGAAAGCGAAAAACAACGUUCGCCCGAGCUUGAAGAGCAGCAAGGCAUCAUUUAUUCGCGAAUCAGUCAUGAUUUACAUUCUUUCCAUUUCUGUAGAGCGAUUAUCCGGCAAGCUGAGCCAAUCUUAUUCGAGAAGCGAGCAAUAAUGAAUAUAUAUACAUCAUAUGUAUAUAUGGUUAUAUACGUAUAUGUAUAUAUAUAUAUAUAUGAAAAAUAGAUAGUGUAAUCAAAGUUAUAAUAUAAUAAAUGAAUGGACCUGAACGUGUACGAACUCA